CGGGGUGCUACAGACAGUGCGAACAGAAUUUAGCAUAUUAAUUAUCUUCUCCCGUUUUGUUUAUUUUUCGUAUUUGAAAACGUCUACAAAUCUUAACACUGGCAAAUCAACGAUCUCCAGACGAACAUGUGAAAAACCCACGCAGAGGAUACAGGAAGUUGAACCCAUUUUCAUGUGUUGGAAAAAUGGGCAACUCCAAAUCCUCUAAGUCAACCAGGUAUUUUGACGAUGACAUACCAACACUCAAGUCACUUGAAAUGCCGCAGAAGGAGCGUGACCUUCACCUCGCGGUUAUGGCCAAUGACAGGGAAGGGGUCAAACUGUGUAUAAGUCAUGGAACGGAUAUAAACUACCCAUGGAGUAACCCCCUGAUCCCCAGCGUCAAAGACAGCACGACCCCUCUGCUGGCAGCCGUGUCUCUAAAUCAUGUGGAGAUUACAGAGAUUCUGAUUAAGGCUGGAGCUGAUAUAAAUCUGACAGACAGGAACAGUUGUUCCCCCUUGUAUAAGGCAGCAUUUCAUGGCCGACCUGUCCUCAUAGAAAUGCUUCUAAAAGCAGGAGCAGACAUCAAUCAGGCAGACAAAGAAGGCCAGACUCCGCUGUAUAUCUGUGUUCAGAAUGCCUUCGUACACUCCAGCUAUGCUGCCGUGGAAUGUUUGUUAUCUGCUGGAGCCUCUAUAAAUAGAUGUGACAACUCCGGUAGGUACCCCAUUCAUGUUGCUGCUCACUGGAAACUAAAAGAUAUGAUCCGUAUUUUACUGAAUGUGAACAGUGAUGUAAACACGUUAGACAAUCAUGGUCGCACACCACUUUACGUGUGCGUCAGCUCGCUCAGCACUGGACUGUAUAAAGAGGACCUCAAGUAUCAGGUACCCUGUAUCAAAGUUCUGUACUCAGCAGGCUGUGAUAUGUUAAAUCUUGUGGACUGGCUCAAGUGGAAAGGUCCAGGAAUCCCCCUGGAGCUGAUGAGGGAUGACCCCAAUUUCUUAAUGUGGUAUAAAAAGAACAUGAAUUCUCCCCAUUCGCUGAUGAAUUUGUGUCGGAAAGUGAUACAGCAGAGACUCAGCAGAAAGAGGAAGUUGUGUGAUCAGACGCGACGACUUCCUGUUCCUCCAAAAAUGAAGGUUUAUCUCUCAAGGAUCAUGUUUUAUCUGCCCGCUUAUGAUCCGGAGUCAGAUCCAGAAUCUCUGGAUUAGAUAUCGAUUCAGUCACGAUCAUAAAAGCUGGACUACAUGUGGUUUGGAUAGUGUUCGUAUUCUCUACUGUGGACUCGGGGUCCAAUGUUUCACCGCAUCACGCUGUCUUGUGUUCUCUUUAUUGGUUUUAUGUUGUUUUUUUUUUUUUAUUUUGUUUGUUUGUUUGUUUUUUUUUGUAGUAUAAUCGCCCCAAUUGCCUUUCGUGGGUGAUUUUAAAUUAAAAUUGCACACAAAUUCAGCAUACUUUGCAGUGCAGAUUUUAAAGAAAUUUCGUUUUUGACGAUUUUUGAAGGGAAUGAUAUUCAUUUAUCACAGUGAGAAUUAGCUCUCUCAGUGGAGGGAUAAUGAAUCUUAAAAUAGUGAAGAUUAGAAACGUUCCUAAACUUUCCAUGAAAAUGAUUUUUAUUAAGUGCAUUUAAUUAAUCAGCAAAAUUUUGUGUCCAUUUUCUAGUCACUUUUGUUGUAAAGUUGAUAUUUAGAGGCAUUUUCUGUUCCAAGAUGGAACUGAUACAAGAAGCUAACACCAAUUAAUUGAAAAUGGAAAAAUCAUUGUAGUUGAAAUUUCUUUUUCUAUAAGACUUCUCCUCAGCCUUUACAUACAAUGUUUGGAGGAUAUAUGGGAAUCUAUUUGUCCUUCUAUCCCACUUUACAGUACUGUACAGACUCUAUUCUGUAGGAAGACUAAGGUCUAGAAAAAAAUGUUUCUGCUCUUUGGGUGAAAAAAUAGGUAGGUAGGAGGCAAAUUUAAAAAAAAAAAAAAACAUCUAGAUAACACUGUUGACAAAAGAAAUGGUGCCUAAAACUGAUAAAGCAUUUUUGUAACUUAAAUUAUAGUAAUUUUUAUACAUCAUGUACAUUGCACAAAAUUGGAAAAUUCAGAUCUUUACUGAAAAAAAGCAUAAAAAAAUUUGGGGUCAGCACAAAAAAUUAGGGUCAGCACUAUAAAUUAGGGUCAGUCAGGAAAGCAGAAACAUAUUUUUUUUUUCUAGGCCUAAGUGCUGAUACUUGCCACAAAGGUUGCUUCUGACCAGAGGGUAAGUCUUAACCAUAAAACCAAGUUCAUUUUGAAAAGAAAGUCAUAGUCACACUGUUCAAAUUGUUAAAUUCUUGUCCUUGCCUUAUGUAGUGAAUAUUCAUUUGAAGCUCACGUACAUGGAUUUGACACAAGGGAGUAACUUGUCUGAUACAAAAACAAGGUCAUUUGGAUAAGGUCAAGGUCAAAGGACUCGGGGAUCAAUUUUUCCCCCGUGUCAAGGCCAUAUAAGUUGACAAGUUGAUUUUACUGUUUUAGUCAUGUUACAUAAAAAAUGUCAAUGCUUAAAAAGAUGGAAGAUCAAAAUUGUAAAUUACGAAAGAGUUUGCUAAUUGAUUUCAAAAUAACAUUUUACAAUGAAGCUGGAUAAAGAGAACUAAAUGCUACCACCUGGCCUUCACAUAAAUAAGUGGAUGUCAAUUAACACCACAUUCCUGUUAAUGAAACUGUAUUGAAAUGUGAUAAUUCUAUUGGCAUACUAGACAAUUUUGAAAUAAUUUAUAAAACUGUUAACAAAAUAAGUUCACAUUUUGCAUAUAGAAUAUCAUAAACAUUGUCAUGUGUGUUUUACUCUUUAUUUGUUAGAGUAUCUUGGAUUAUUUAAUUGUGUUAACAUGGUUAAUGUAAAUGUUUCUAUUAGAUGUUCUCCUUAAUGACCUUCUGUUAUUACUGUUAUGUUUGUUUUAGUAUCAUGGGGCCUGAAUGCAAUCUGGUACACUGUCUAGGGUAUGUUCUUGGGUAUCAACUUUGUUGGACAUGUUAAGGGUUGUCAAGAAAGCUAGUGGACAAUUACUGAUGUCUGUUCACAAAAUGAGAGAAACAAAUAAAAUUAUUUGAUAAGCUGCUGUGUAAAAAGAAUUAAAAACAACUGAAUAUAAUUCUUACAGCAAGUUAUCUAUUGUAGUGUUAUUGUUGCACGGUCAUGUCUAUGUUUCAUGAUUUCUGCAAUGUGACAGCAAUAUUUUCUGAACUUAAAUUAUCAUAAAAUAUGUUACUUGACUUGAUAACGAUCCUUUCUCUUUCAUCUAGUAAGAGUAGUGAAGUCCAUCUUGGACCACAUCAACUGUAGGAUAUUCCUGGCUUACAAUAGUAAAAAAUAAAUCAACAAACUGAUGCAUGUUUUUAUAAAAGUAUGGUGCCUGUCUUGAAGCCAUGGACCAUAAUAUGAAGCUUUAUUAUUAAAAACUUAUUUACUUUCAUUUUUCAGUGCCUCUUUAAGCUUCAACAUCCUGUAUUACCAUGAUUACUGUUUUGUUAUUUUAGAAAACAUUUCUACUUAACUUUCACAAAUUUUAAGAAAUUCUUUCACACAAUAAGACUUUCUUAUGAGGAUCCAAUUAACUAUUAAGGAAGAAUUGAUGUUCCCUUUCCUUGCCAAUCCUGGAUCAUUGAGAGACAUUUUUUUAAAAAUUCUAAUUAUUGAAAUUUAAACUUGAACAAAAACACACUGCUGGAAAUUUUAUCAAAAUCUAUUUUGGUACUAAAUUUGACUUCAUGUAAAUAAUGAUUUUUAAAAAAUGUGACUGUUCACUAACUUCUUGGACUACCUUUGUACGUGUUCUUGUACAUUCCAUAAACUAUUUAUUCCUGUGUUUUUCAUUCAAAUUUUGUCUUUGUAUUGAUUGUGAUCUUGUCCAAGUUCAUGUCUUUUUCUUUAGAAGUUUAAAAAUAUGAAAUUAAAAAAAAGUAUAUCAAA